AUGAUAAAGAAAAAUUAUAAUUUAAAUUGCGCUGUUCAUUUAGGGAAUAUUAUAAAAAGAGAUAACUGUUUAGUACCAGCACAUAUGCCUUUGGAUGAGCAAAUCAAUUUAGGUAACAUAUCAUUAUGUUUUAAAACGGACAGAAUAUUAGCAACAAAUGAAGAGAAAUCUAAAGAAAUAAAAAAAGAAUUAACAAAAAGCGGAGAUGAAAAGAACGAAGAAAUAAAUAGUGAAAUAAAAGAAAAAAAUCAUUUGGGAAGUAAAGAAUCAAAAGUAACGUCAUUAUUAUGUGAUUCAAAUAUUUAUGAGUUAACCCAAAAAUAUAUAUGUGCUCCAUGGAAACGUGGUUUUAGAACAGCAGAUUCUUUUUUUGAAAAGAAAAUAUUGGAUGUCUUGAAAUCGGGAAGUAAAAAUAUUAAGGACAGUAUAAAUAGUAAUGGGAAUUUAUUAAAUAAUGUAAAAUUUUUACAGAAUUAUGCACUUUUUUUUUCACAGGUUAUAAUAAAUUUGGUAUCAAAUAAACUUUUCCUAUCAGGACAUUAUAAUGCAUCUUAUUUAUUAUCAACUAUAUGUACUAUAUUUUAUUUUUAUAGCCUUUUAAAAUUACAAAAUAAUAUAAUGGAUAAAACUCCUAGGUUUGAACGAUGUAACAAUGAAAAACGAUGUCGUAAAUAUGAGCGCGAACAGAUUGUUUAA